UUAGCGCGGCGCACGCGGCGCGGCGGUCACGGCGCGGGUGCAGAUCCCACCAAAGCUCGGCCUGCCCUCCCCACGCUGCUGGACAGCCCGGCUGGUCGUUCCUGAACAUGUCCCGGAAGGAUCCCUGCCAGAAACAAGCCUGUGAAAUACAGAAAUGCUUGCAAGCGAACAACUACGUGGAGUCCAAGUGUGAAGCUGCGCUCCAGGAGAUGCGGAAAUGCUGCGCUCGGUACACCAAGGGCAGGUCCGUCUGUUGUUCAGGGUUUGAGAGGGAAGAAAUGGAGAGAGAAAAGGCUAAGUUGACUUCAAAAGGAAUUUCCCCACCACCUCAGUAACACAAAGCAUGGACUCACUUGAAGAGCUCGUGUGUGUUUUUUCAAGCCUUCUUUAGACUUUCAGAAAAGCCAGAUUGCUCCUGGAACACACCGUUCAGCACACCAAAAAGCAUUACACAGUACCAACAUAUGGCCUGGUUAACAAACUUUAUUUUCUGUACGAAAACAUAAUCUAUGUUGCCUCUGCAUCACACCUGUGAAAUGUCAACUUGAUGUUUUUAGGAUGCUUACCUUACUCUAAUCCAUCCUUGCUCUAAAAAUGGAGAAUUGGAACCGAGUUAUUCUGGCUUCUGGAGCGAGAGGUACAGGAAAUGAGCUCAGAAGAGUGAGUUUAAACAUGAAACAAACCCAUCUUGAUACAACAAAGGUAGUGCUGCCACCGUGCAGUAGUUCCAGACAACAUUUGCCUGUCCAGUGGUUCAAGCUCAAGAAUGGGCAUCAGGUCUGAUGAUUGUUCCUAAGUCUUGUAUAGAUCAUGAGUGACUGCAAGUCACUUUGCCUAAGUGCCUCACUUUUCCACUGGACAGAGUUGUUUAUUUUAUAUUUGAAUUGCCUACACGCUGCUAUUUGCAUGAUAAAGAUAAAGAUGUUACAGGAAUAUAAUUUCAGGGAUUGCUACAGGGAUAGGAUAUUUUUUUAAAAAAGCAAUAUUCAUUUGAAAGAUUUGACUGUUGAUACAAAAUUUAUAAAUUUAUGUCUAAUUGAACACCUUUAAGCAAUAUGCUUUGAAUCCAAGUCUAGUUAAAACUGCUGAUACCCAAAGGCCUGUCACAGAGCCCUGGGCUAGAUCCAAGAACUGACUUAGGUGCUGCUUACUGAACAAGCAGUUGUAGGCAGUUACUUUCCACACAACAUUCCAGACUCACUCCCAAGCCAGCUGUGUCUGGACCCCAGGAGAGAUUUCCAGAAGCUCUUGGCCAUGCAGCAGAAUUUCCUGUGACCUGUAGGAAGAGCUCAUAGACAGGUUCCUGCACCACCCUUCAGAGCUGCCUGUCUUGCUGUCCCCUGUAGCAGGAGUCCAGGCACCCAAAUAUCAGGCUCCCAACCCACUAGCCCUAACUCUGUAUUAGAUCUAGCCGUAAAGGACUUUUGUGCUGUGAUCAAGUACAACUUACUUAUGAAAUAGAGCUUCUAUAAACCACUGAGGUCUAGGCACAAUAGUUGUGUGUACUGAAGCCUAGAAGAGCAAACCAUCUGUAUUCACUGCUCUGAAAUACCAUGGUACAAAAUAAACGACUGGAACAUA